AUGUCAGAUAGCAGGAAACAAAACCUUCUAAGAGAAAUAAUAGUCUCAAAGCCCACACAGAAGGUUCUGCGGCUGCCCGGGGUGGGGAGCGGCGGUUUCUUAAUUUUUCCUCUCUCUCUCUUCCAGGUGUAGCAUACUGAUAUGGGUGACACAAAAGAAGCUAAAAUGCAGAUAACACCAGAAACUCCAGGAAGAGUCCCAGUCCUGAAUCCCUUUGAAAGUCCAAGUGAUUAUUAUACUCUUCAGGAGCAGAUUGUCUCCAGUCCUUCAAUCUUUAAAGCAACAAAAUCCUCAUCUACACCAGGAAAAUUUAGAUGGUCUAUUGAUCAGCUUGCUCUAAUAAAUCCUGUGGAAAUUGACUCUGAAGAUGUUCGACGCCAAGCAAUGUAUUUGAGUCAUGCUAGAAUUGAUAAAGAGACAGAAGACAGAAGGCAAAAAGCCAUUGAGGAGUUUUUCACAAAAAGUCUUAUAGUUCCUUCUCCUUGGAUUCAACAUGAAGGCAAGCAAAUGUCUCAGUUUAAUUCAACUAAAUCCAUAGAUCUAAAUAGCAUUUCUCCAAUUGGAAGACAGCUGACUUUGCAGCCUGGGAAAAGCAAUGCUUCUUGUCAGACAGUACUGUCUUUGCCAGUGGAUUUUAAUCUAGAGAAAAUACUGGGUGAAUAUUUUAGAACUGAUGAAUUUGCAGAUCAGUCCCCAGAAAAUCUGAGCUCUUCAUCACUCAGAAGAAAACUGUUUUUAGAAGAGAAUGGAAGUGUAUCAGAGUGUUUAUCCCCUUCUUUGCGUAGUCCAUGUGGUAGUCAGCAACUUGGAGUGCUUUGUUCAAUUGACAUAUCUCCAGUCCGGUGCAGAAGCCCUCUGGAAACAUCUAGUUCUGGUCAGUUUUCAUCAAGCCCUAUUCAGGGAGGUACAAGGACUUAUAGUCUGGGAAGUAUAACCAGUCCCCCGUUUCCAGAGGGAUCUCCUGCACAUAAUGGUUCUCCUACUUUUUCACCAAUUGCUUUUCACAUAAGACAGACACCUCUGUCAGACCAAAGACAAUUUACAUUUCGUUCUCCAGAUAUUCCUUCUUCCUCAAAUAGAAUGACACCCUCAAAUACAAGAAGUCCUUAUAUAGAUGGUUGCUCUCCAAUUAAAAAUUGUUCACCCAUGAGGCUUGGAGCAUGUCGAGGAACUGCACAGUAUCAGACUUCUGUCAUCAGAAUACCAGUUGCAGUUGAGAAUCACAGUGAGGAUGAGGAAGACAAGGAAAAUGCUUCUCCAGCAGAAGCUCUGUUCCCAGAAAUGGAUAAGGGAAUAAACGUACGUCAGCAAGACAGUGAUACUUUUGCACAUGGUACACAUCUCGUUGUAGCAACUGUGUCUAUUGCACCAGAUCACACAGAAACUUGUCAUCAAAGGUUGUCAUCAUUUCAGGCUAUAGAAGGCUCAAAGGAAAAUAAUACUGUAGAUAUGGCUGAUGCAGCUGAAGUGUCAGAGGAGAACACUUGGAUAAAAGAAACAGUUGGCAACAGCAAUGCACCAAUGACCAGUUUUAUGACAGGGAUUACUUUCAGCAUUGAAAACUCUCGCAUGUGCAUGUCACCUCUUGCAGAAAGCAGUGCACUUCCUUGUGACAGCAGUAGUAUUCAGGUGGACAGUGGUUAUAAUACACAGACAUGUGGAAGCAGCAUUAUGGAUUCUGCGGGGGCUGAAAACAGUUGCAGAGAAAAUGAUAUGAACACUAAUGUGUUUCAGAAUAAAUCUCAGCUUCUAAGAACAAAGGAGUGUUCUGUUUUAAACCAUAAGGACCAUCAGUUGCUGAGAGCAAAAUCUCCAGAGAAGCAAUCCUGUUUCCAAAAAGCAAAAAUACAUAGUACAGUAUUUGGUCAAAAUGCAACUUGCAACAUUUCUGCCUGGAAACAUAAAAAUGAAAAUCAAGUUCAGGGAUUUCACAAAAAUGGUAUGUAGUUUUCUGAUGGAGAACUUCAGUUGUGUUAGCAAAUAAAUUUACAUAUAUAUGACC